AUGAAGCAAGUUACUAUACCAAGAUUAGAGUUAUGCGCAGCUGUAUUGCUUGCGAAGUUAAUGACUCGAGUAAUAUUUGCUCUGAAACUUAAUAUGAAUUAUGUAUUUUUCUGGAGUGACUCUUCGAUAGUCUUGGCUUGGCUGAAAAAGGAGCCCUGUUGUAUGAAAACGUUCGUUGCUAAUCGAGUUGCGGUGGUUCAAGAAAUGACGGAGGUGCGACAGUGGCAUCACGUCCCAUCUAAACAGAACCCUGCAGAUCUCAUAUCAAGAGGUGCUGAUCCGGUCAAACUUCAACUGUGUGAACUGUGGUGGCGUGGUCCCCCAUUUCUUCUUCAACCUGUGAUGACUAAGUGCCAAGAUGAUAUCCCUGAGGAGUCCGAAGAACUGUAUCUUCGCGAAUUAAAACCACCAGCAGUAAGUGAAAUAUAUGCACUUAUUAACACUUAUGAGCCAUUAAAUGUCAUUAAUAACUGUUCAUCUUACAACAAAUUGCUAAGAGUAGUGGCUUGGUGCAAGAGAUUCUUGCAUAACACCAGGCAUCCAUUGCAUGCAACACGCGGAACGUUGACAACCUGUGAACUUUCUCUAGUGCGUUAUUGUGUAUUGUGGAAACGUUCAAAGUACUUCAUUUGUGACAGAAAUCCAGUGCUUAGAAAAGGGUGCUCUAUUCCUAAUAGUAGUAAAGUAUUGAAUUUGUGUCCAUUUUUAGAUCAUGAUGGAAUACUCAGAGUGGGUGGCAGGCUGAAAAACAAUGACUUAAGUGAAAUGAGAAAACAUCCUAUGAUUCUGCCAACUAAGCAUAAUUUUACUGUAAUUGUGAUUAAUCAUUUACAUGUUCUUUAUUUUCAUGCAGGAGCUGAAACAACCCUAUCACUUAUAAGGAGUAAAUUUUGGAUUGUUUCUGCAAGAAAUGUAAUUAGAAAAAUUGUAUUUAAUUGUAUGAUUUGUAAAAAAGUAAAUUGUAGGUCUGUGCAGCAACAGAUGGCUGAUUUACCAGCUGCGAGAUUGAUCAUAUCAAAAGUUUUUGCUAAAACAGGACUCGAUUUCUGUGGUCCAUUUGUGGUAAAACAUUUUAUAGGUAGAAGUAAACAGGUCUGUGCAGCAACAGAUGGCUGA